UUUUUUUUUUUUUUUGAGAGAGAGAGGGCUACAACUCCUUAGGAUCUCCGUAAUGGUGCAAAUGCGGGAGUGAUUCACUCCCGCAACAUUUGCGCUCAUUCUAAACAUUUCCUGACUUUCUUUACGUAAAUAAAAUGAUAUUCUAUGUUUCUUAGUCAAUAUAUAAAUUUACAACCUGCAACUUUAGAUUUGUGAGGCUCUAUUCUACCGUUUUCAACAAUUUCGAUAAAUUCCAAUUUCUCGAUUCAUAUUUGUGCGCCAUGUUUGAUGUACUGAAGUUUCAACUUCCGUUUGUCAAGUCAUUUGCAUAUGCCAUAUAAGGUAGUAUUUACAUCAAUGGACAAGUAUGGAGGCGAAAGCUAUUUCGUCGGUAUUGAAAAGGUUUGAAUUUAAUAUCAAGUUAAAAACCGAACAGCAGAGUGUAAAUUUUUUCUGCAACAAUAUGAUUUUCCUUUCUUUGUCGAAGUGGCUCGAGUAACUACAUUUUCGCGCUGAUUGUCAAUGUUUAGGUUUUUUAUUAGAUCCACCUACGAUCUCUCGCGAUAACAAGCAUGGCGGAGCAGACGAAGAAUUUUGCAUGCUGUACAUUAUAUUUAAUGAAAAACACCUUUAUUAGACAUGCCCGCGCACAAAGUUGGUACUCCUUUUUGUGUAAACAACAUUUGGGACUAAUACACAGUUUAUUAUCGGUUAUUCAUAAAAUUAUUUGGCACCAUUACGGAGAUCCUAUGGAAUUGUAGCCUUAUCCCGAAAACGUCAGAAUAAAAAAAAUUGGAUAGGGCUACAUUAUUGCAGCUAAACAAUAACCCACAGCCUGAAGAUUCGCUCUCAUUACAUCACAGGAUUCGCACCUGUCGGAUAUCCGAAGGUGUUUUCAGAUUUCGAGUAAAAUUUUAGUAAAACCUUUUACAGUAUGGCAUUUCCUAUGGGGAAAGGGAAAUUUCCGUAGGAAUUCAACAACAAAACAAAAUGCAAUACAUAUUAUAUGCAACUGGAUGCAGGUGUCAGACUCAAGUCUCGAUAAGAUGCAGGACGUAUUGACACAACCUUCGCUCCUAAUAUCCUGAGUUGAUGGAAUGAACCGUGUUUGUACCCACGGGAGAGAAUUAAAAUCUUCCAACACAAUGCACAGAAGGAUCGGUAACUGUAACCAUCUACUGUUCUUCGCCAUGAUGGUUUUGAUGUCAUCCUUAUUGGACCAUUCCAUGGCAGUCGAUUGUGACUUUAGAAAGGACACCUGCGGUUGGAAAAGCAUAGUAGAAAACAUAAAAGCACAGGACUCGAGUCAGAUAUGCGGACGAGGAGGAAAUAUAACUAAUUGUUUAUCGGUCAACAGAUUCAAUACCCAGUUCACCUGGUCAAGAGAGAAGAUCGACGAUAUUCCCUAUGACCAAAUCAAAUCAGGUUUUGGGAACCUACAAACCUUCGUGUAUGGUUUUGUGGACAAAAAAUACUUGCUUCCCGGCUUGAAAAUUAUUCAUACAUCCUCCAUUGUGAGCGAAAGGCUGCCAUUUAGCAUGUAUCCCAGAAGUCUUCGGUACAGUUACUUCCUGCUCGGAAACGCAGUUAUCACAGUAUCGCGUCUGUCAGGUAUUUCAGCGUACAAGAGCGAAAUCAUUGCUGCUCACAAAUCCUCUUCAUCGGCACAGAUGAAUGUUACAGAAGGGUGCGUUGAUCUGCCGUUUGAAGCCGAUAUCAAGAUAGUCAUUCGUGGAAUAUUUGAAAAUAGUGGCCUGAAGGCUGUUUUGUUGUCAGAAGUAUUUGUCACGGAUGGACUCUGCCACGAUGACUUAAUUCAUGAAUCGCCACUGCAAAACGUAUGUGCAUUUCCAAAAGAUGACUGCAUGUCUUCGGGUAUUUCAAAUUCCAAUUCCUCUUUGAACAUAUCUUUAUGCUCUUUUUGUGAAGGGAAGAAUUUCAGUGUGUCAUAUCCUGGAUCUAGUUCCUCCUAUUGCAGGGGAGAUGAUAAUAGCUGUCAAAUAUGUGAGUGUUCUGAUGUGAACAGUUACGUCUCCGUUGAAAAUAUCCAGUGUAAUUACCUUCGCAUAAACAGCAAAACAACAUUGCAUGAUAUUUAUGUUGGACUUUUCGAAAUACUUGUUUCUGAUAUAUCAAUCACGGGGGGGAAAAGUACGAUGGCUUUCGGUUUCAAUGACUCUCAAGCUAGCUCACUGAUAUUUUCCAAACGAGAAACAUAUCAAUUUUUUAGAAUAUUUCAAGGUAUCCUUAUUUUGGUGCAGUCGCCUCUGGAGUGGUAUAUAAUGGGCGAAAUGAGAAAUUUCUCGGCGUCUUUCAGUGCAACAAUGGACUACUUUUACUUUGCAGAUAACAAUUUAAAGGACGCAACAGAUAUAGAAGUCGGGGUUUGGUUGUCUUUUAUGUCUACUAAUUUCAGCAAUUGUAAGAUUUCUAGUGCAGCUCGCAUCAGACUUGAUUCUAAAGUGGUGGAUCUCAGUAGGAACAAAAUCGAGUCUUAUAUCAUUCAUGACAAUAAUGAAGUUGUUUACAUCCAAAACAAUUUGCUCAAUAAAGUUGUUGGAAACAAUGCCCAUAUAAAUCGAAUUCCGUACUUUCGGCUAUCCGUUUUGGAUAUGUCCAUCAAUAGAAUCACAUCGCUACAGCGGGAAGAUUUCAGGUACUAUAUAUUUUUGAUAUAUCUAAAUAUUUCACAAAAUCUCAUCACGCAGAUGGCCGAGGAUACAUUUACAGAUCUUGAAAUGCUAGUGUCACUAGAUUUAUCGGGAAACAAAAUCGCCCAUGUAUACCGUGAACACUUCAGGUCACUGAUUCAGCUGCAGUAUCUGUACCUGCAAGAGAACGAAAUUACUCGUGUAUCUGCUGACGUCUUCCACGGGUUAGGAAAUAUGCGGUAUCUUCAAGUCGAGUCGUUUUCAAUUUGUUGUGUGAAGCCACAGUCCCUAAACAAUAUCAAAUGCGUCGCUCCACUGAAUGAAAUUUCCUCUUGCGACUACCUGAUUGCAGUUCCGGUUCUAAACGUUGCAAUCUGGUACAUGGCACUGUUGGCUCUUUUUGGAAACCUGAGCGUCUUGGUAUAUAACCUAUUCUAUUUCAGGAACAGGGCACCUGUCAGUUAUUUUAUUCUCACCGUAAACCUCAGUUGUGCAGAUUUGCUAAUGGGUGUAUAUCUGUACAUCAUCGCUAUUGUCAACUUACAAUAUACGGGUAGUUACGGAGUAAUGGACUACACGUGGAGACAUAGUUGGCUUUGUACUCUAGCAGGUAUCAUAGCAACUGUUUCCAGUGAAGCCUCGGCCUUCAUUGUACUUCUCAUUACUGUGGACAGGUUUCUUGCCAUCAGGUAUUUCAUUUCAGAGAAGCGCAUCACAAAGAGAAGGCUUAUCUUUCUUUGUGUUGGUGUAUGGGUACUGUCUGUCUUGAUUGCUAUUGUCCCGGUAUUGCCGUUCCCGGUGUCUUUUUUCGAGAGUUUCUAUUCUCAGUCCGGGAUCUGCAUUUCUCUGCCCCUGUCUGUCAUUAGAAAGGAUGGCUGGCAAUAUUCGAUGGCUAUUUUUGUCGGACUGAAUGCAAUUCUAUUUCUUGGAAUUUUGAUCGGACAAAUCGCCAUCUUUGUCGAGGCCUUUAAAGUUGGAGGAGAAGUUAGAACAUCAAAGAUUCAGGAGAGGGAGAUUUCGCUGGCAAAAACUCUGAUAGCCAUAGUGAUCACAGACAUGCUCUGCUGGAUUCCAGUCGGAAUCAUCGGUAUGGUGACUUUCUUUGGGAUUGAUGUCUCCAAUGAAGUGUAUGCGUGGAUCUCGGUCCUUGUACUGCCAGUUAACUCGGCCCUCAACCCCCUGCUGUACACGCUGACUGCAGUAGUCAGGCAGCGAAAGCAAUUUCACCUAAAACGACUGGCUCAAGAAAAUAUGUUUUUGCGAAAACAGCUGGAUACAGCGAAGAGCUCAUCAUUGUCUUCGAAACAUCACAGCGAAAAGGGCCAUGAAAUCCCUUCCAACAAAGAACAUUCUCUAGUGGGAUCUAUCAAAAGAAAAGAUUAGAGAUAUUCCGGAUGUGAGUACAAAGCAUGCUGGGACAACGAUUCUUUAUCUGUUAGAUGUCGCUCUCAGCGGAUCUGUGUAACCACAUCUUCAGCUCAUCGUAUAAAACUUUUGUCUGGAGGAUGAUAUUGUGUACAAUACAAAUGCAUACUAUAUAUCAAGAAGAUUCCGAAGUUUUAAGUCCAUAGAAAACCAAGCAGCAAAUAAGAAACAUGGCUUUAUGUGUCUUGCCGAAAAUGUAUAAUGACAGAUGAAGAAAACAUUGAAUGGAAUUGUAAAUUUCGAAAUAAUUUAUUGUACAUAUAUAUAUACAAUAUUAUGACAGUGGCAAAAACUGUGUUUGCAGACUUGUUAAAAUCAUAAAAGCAAUCCUGAUGUAGAUUAAAAAGAGAGUGAAUUCG